ACAGAGGCAGCCAGGUCUCCGUUUGGACAGCCGGCCCUUUCCCGCAUUUGGCAUCCUUGCACGGCAUUCAGGCGCUUUUGAAAAAAAAUGUUGAGGUUGGCUACCUUCCUUCUCGCUGCAAGCACAUUUGGCAAUGGUGCGGCCGUCAAUGACUUCAACGCCCAUGUUGACGAGGCCGUUGGCAGGCAUCAACUGUCUGUCACUAGGAACAAACGUUCGCUUCAUCUGGAGGCGCGCAUUCCCACCCACGAAUUCCAGGUUGCAAGCAACGGAUUAUUCAACCACGACCUAGACGUGACACUAACGGAUGGAGCAGUCAGAGGACUGGACGAUGUAACUCGCCGUCUCGGAAGCUGCGUCCGACGUACCUGCCAAGUUGAUCUGAGAGGACUCGAGGUCUCAUACAUCGCACAGACUCAGGGCGACGACUUGGAUGGAACGCUCAAGCAUAUCUGGGUUAAAGUAAGGGUCACGAGCGCAGAAGCUUUGUUCAACAUGAACGAUAUCAGAGCCAAGGAGGCCAGCCUAAACUCCAUGGUCAUCGGCCCCAUGUCAGUUAGCAUCUCUUACGACAGCUACCUCGAUCUCAACUCUGGACGGCACAACGAGUUUGUGGAUGAGGUGUCACGUUACACCGACUGGGAGCUUCGCAAGAUCCUUCGUGGGAGCUACUUGGCGGCUCUUGAGGAGACCUUCGCUUACCAUUGA